AGCAAAAUGCGCUUCAAUCUUGUCACGUGUAACUCGUCUAAACUAGUUUCAUUUCGGUUCAAAAUAUUCUAGAAUAUACAAUCUUAGUCAUAGAAAUUCGCAUAAUUAACAAAAUAUACAGCAGGAUGAGUGGAAAUAAUGGAAGUGAUCGACCAGAACAGCCAAGACAACCUCAUAACUUACAGGGAUUGUUAAAAUUCGCAAUGGAAGCCACAAAAAACGAAGAUCCAACAGUUCCUUCAGAGUUUCAUCAAAUGGAUCCAGAAAGGAGGAGAUUUUUGGAAGAAGCACUAAAAUCAAUGACUGUUGACGUUGUUGAGGAACUAAAUAAGGCAAUGAAAACAUUAAUAGGUGGAAAUGCGAGUGAAGAUGAUCAAGUUCACGCACUAGAAGUCGUUACCAACUUUGUAGCUGAUAUUGAUACAGCAAAUGAUUUCUUCAAAAUUGGUGGAUUUUGCAUUAUAUUCCCAUGCCUCAACUCGAGUUAUUCAGUAGUCAGAAGCGAGACAGCUUUAUUGAUUGGAGAAUUAGCUCAAAAUAAUCCAUUCUGUCAGCAACAUUUACUGGAUCAUCAAGUACUUCCAAAACUCAUUGAAUUACUUUCAGAUGAACCAGAAGUUGCAGUUAAUUCCUUUCAUGCAAUCUCAUGUAUAGUAAGAAGCUACGAGCCUGGACUUGCUAGUUUCAUAGAAAUCGGUGGACUUGAAUGCAUUUUGGGAUUAAUACAGUGUCAAGAUCAAGAAAAAUUGAUCAUUAAGUCUAUGUUCCUUAUCUCAUCAUUCUCAAAAGAUUUCCCACCAGUUCGUGACGAGCUUGUAAAGCUUGAUGCAAUUAAAAGAAUAGCUGACACACUAGAACCAAAAUCUGAGUAUGAUACGAGACUAGAACAAAUAUUAUCGGCUCUUGAUGCUUUAAUUGAGACUAACGAAGCAAUUGAAAGAUGUCGCAACAAUAAAAUAAAUUUAAAAGAAAAGCUUGAACGAGUAAUUUCGUUAGGUGAAGGAAAGGAAGACUGUCGUGAACAAAUUGAGUACAGCAAGAGAUUGAUUGCAAAAUUGUUCAAAUAAUGGCAAAAAAAAGUUUAAUAAAAAAAUGGCAAACAUAAAUAA